CUUUUCCGUUUAGCAAAACGCGGAGUGUAGACAUGUCUGUAACAGAUUCACGUACUGAAGAGUGGGACAAGAAUGGUCCUGCUAAUGAUGAAAAAGAACCACAAGUAUAUGAUGGCCCUCCAGGCAUGGAACCUGAUGGCAUCAUUGAAUCCAACUGGGAAGAAGUCACUGAUAACUUUGAUGACAUGAAUCUAAAAGAAGAACUUCUCAGGGGAAUUUAUGCUUAUGGUUUUGAGAAACCUUCUGCUAUCCAACAGAGAGCCAUCAUUCCUUGUGUUAAAGGUCAUGAUGUUAUAGCUCAGGCACAAUCCGGUACUGGAAAGACUGCAACAUUUUCAAUUUCCAUUUUGCAACAAAUAGAUACUUCAGUAAGGGAGUGCCAGGCUCUUAUUCUGGCACCAACCCGUGAAUUGGCCCAACAAAUUCAGAAAGUGGUUAUUGCUUUAGGAGAUUUCAUGAGUGCACAGUGCCAUGCUUGCAUUGGGGGCACCAAUGUAAGAGAAGACAUGAGAAAACUGGAGACAGGGAUGCAUGUGGUGGUAGGAACCCCUGGUAGAGUAUAUGACAUGAUAACACGUAGGGCAUUGAGAACAAGUAAUAUCAAGAUGUUUGUUCUGGAUGAAGCUGAUGAGAUGUUGUCCAGAGGAUUCAAAGAUCAGAUUCAUGAUGUCUUCAAAAUGUUGAGUUCUGAUGUGCAGGUCAUUCUGCUCUCUGCCACCAUGCCAACAGAUGUGCUAGACGUUACUAAAUCCUUCAUGCGUAAUCCUGUGAGAAUAUUGGUCAAGAAGGAAGAGCUCACCUUGGAGGGUAUAAAGCAGUUCUUUGUUUAUGUGGAGCGGGAGGACUGGAAGUUGGAGACGCUGUGUGAUCUCUAUGAUACUCUUUCAAUUACGCAGGCUGUAAUCUUCUGUAAUACUCGUCGCAAGGUUGACUGGCUCACUGAGAGCAUGCACAAAAGAGACUUCACUGUUUCUGCCAUGCAUGGGGAUAUGGAGCAGAGAGAAAGAGAUGUGAUCAUGAGACAGUUCAGGACUGGGUCCUCUAGGGUGCUCAUUACCACUGACUUGUUGGCCCGUGGUAUUGAUGUACAGCAAGUUUCCCUAGUAAUCAACUAUGAUUUACCUUCAAAUAGAGAAAAUUACAUUCACAGGAUUGGAAGGGGCGGGCGAUUCGGUCGUAAGGGGGUAGCAAUAAAUUUCGUGACAGAGGACGACAAACGUACGCUUAAGGACAUUGAGCAGUUUUACAAUACCAAGAUUGACGAGAUGCCGAUGAACGUGGCCGAUCUAAUAUAAAAAUAUUACCGGAAUAGUGUCAGUGUGUUCCGAUCGACGUUCCUCCUGAAGGUCUUAUGGUGAAACAUCAAUACCUGUGGACACCAUAAUUUGGAAAUAAAGAACUAAAUUCCAUUUUAAUUAC